UUUAUCUUACCGCGCCAUGGAGUUACCCUCAGCAACCAUUAUUACAAUGCUUGUCGUAUGUGUUUUGCUAACGAUGGUGGCUGCAGUGUGCCUGUGUCUGUUGUUUUGUCAGAAGGCGCGUUUGCAGACAAGGAAAGAAGAGGUACCCAUUUCCUGUAGUCUAUCGUCCAGCUCGGAAAAGACUGCGGGCACGUCAGUGAGGCUUCUGGGCAUUAACGCUCCACUCACGCCCACGCCCACACCUCCACCUGCGCCGACCAUCACCCGAAGGACUACGGCGACGCCCUGGAAGCUGCGUCUCCUGGACGUCUUCCCUACUAAGUCAUCCGUCAUUGAGGAGACGGCGCUGGAGGAAGUCGUGGUCCUCCACACGCGGACGCAGAAUCUCCGGUUCCAGAAGAUGGCUUUCAAAGACUCCGUUGUGAAGUCUCAAGACGGCACCACAGAGUGUGCCCCUGUUGGAUUGCAUCAUCGGCCAGACUUCUCGAGGAUGUUUGGGACAGCUUCGCACAGUAUUCCUUCUCUCAUCUUUGACCCGUCGGGGAUGACGCUCAACCAGAGCAUCGCCGACGUCCACAAGCAGAACAACGCUCCAGGCACAUCCGGCGAAAAAUCCCCGUCCGUGCUGAGCAGCUUUUUACCUGUCUGGUCGACGACGGUGUUGUCCAGUACAUCUGUGGUUGUGUCCUCUACGCCAGUCAAAGUUUAAGAAAAUCAUAUUAAAAUAAUUGCUUUCUGUGCCUUGUUUGUAUACCCGCUAACACUCCUAUUACCAAAGCUAUUGGUUUAAUAGCUCUUAAACCAAUAAAAUAAAAAACGACUUUACAUCGUCGUUAGUAAGCAAAGCAUUCUCUAGUUCCUUUUGUAUCUACGACAUUUUGGUUAUUUGUCUUUUGAGAAACAAUUCAAUUUCAUUUAUUAUAUCUACCC